AUGCCCAUCAUGUCGCCUCACGUCAUCACUGCUUUUCAGCAGUACCUGAGAUGGGAUAACGAUAUCAAACGACACCUCGAUGCAAAGACUCGGGCGAGAACAGUCUCAAUUACAAGGAGUAGCCGCACUGCCUCCAUGGAAAGACGAGACCAAAAAGUGUGGCGCCCGAGCAACGUGAGGAGGAACUCAGCGGAGAGUGAAUGGUCAAACACCACAAGCAACUGCCACAGCAUGAUCAGAAGCCCAUACCUCGACUACCUGUACCAAGGCCAGUACGAGUACGAGCUCCUCAACAUUAAGAACAACGCCAACCAGCACAUUGGCGACUACAAGGCCCUUGCAGCUGAGCCACCAGCCCAACACGAUGCUUUCCUAGACACUGUUAGGGACCAUGCUUACCACGUCCCCACCUCCUUCGACCUCAGCGAAGCGCCCAAAAAUACACAUGAGCAUGCUAGAGAAGAGGUGAAGCUCGAAUUUGACCCUCCACUCAGCCAUUAUGCGGAGCUUAGAGGUGGUCUGCCGAUCGGCUAUGUCUGGAUCCCACCGAGUUCUCCUGAACCUGAGCGUAUGCCGCGCAAGGAAACUCCGGAGCAAGACGUCGUUCCCGUCACUCCGUCAAGGCCAGCCAGGACUGUGACUACUAUUAAGAAACCCAAGAGGAAGAAGACUGUCAUUUUCGCCUUCAGCCCUUUGCAAAAGAAGCGCAAGCGAGAGACUACCGCCGAAUACCAUACGCGCUUCACCAGUCCGCUUUCGGAAGAGCUGUCGGAUGCGCCUAGUGGUUUGCUGACACCUGAGCCGAGAGAACUCGUACUGCAUCGCAGGUAG